AUGAGGGCACGCACUGCACAAGUGGGGUACUGCGGGGAGCUGUGGACGUCCCUUUUUUGGCGUGUUCAGAGCUUAAUAUGGGGAGAGAGCAUCUCAGAUAGUGUCCUGCUGGACAGCGCUGUGCUAAGUGACCGCAUCUCCAAGCUCACAGAGGACCUCAUUCCUGAUCUCCACCCUGAGCUCCUUUCAGGGGGUGUUGACCGUCAGCGACUGCAGUGGAGGAGCUUGCCAGGAAGAUUGGAGGUGCUGAGCGGUGUUGACCGCACCCACCAGCGCCCCAGGCGACAGCUGGUGCCUAAGCCCUACGUGCAGCCCAUUUCCUCCCAACACUGUCCAAAAGAAGAAAUGAAUUCCUUCCAGAAGCAGCCACCGGGCGCAGCACCUUGACAGAUGAGGUACCCCCCAAACUGGCAGGGGGGAGGGAAGGACCCGGUUUUCCUCGCCAAGGACUUCAAUCUGCUGAAUUUGAACCAUCAGCAGCCAGGAGGAAACAGGGACCAGCAGACGUCAAAGGGGCUGGAGAACAACCUGUACAACCAGUACGAGGAGAAGGUGUGGCCCUGCAUUGACCUCAUCGACUCCCUGCGGGCUCUGGGCGUGGAGCAGGACCUGGCCCUGCCCGCCAUCGCUGUCAUCCGGGACCAGAGCUCGGGCAAGAGCUCCGUGCUGGAGGCGCUAUCGGGGGUCGCCCUUCCCAGAGGCAGCGGAAUCAUAACCAGGGGUCCGCUGGUGCUGAAACGGACAAAGCAGGAGUGCAGGUGGACCAGGAGAAUCAGCUGCCCUGGAAGACUGAGAUCCAGGUGCAGGACCCCUCAGGUGGAGAGGGAACUACGUAAAGCCCAGGAUGCCGUAGCUGGGAAUGGAGUUGGCAUUAGCCACGAGCUCAUUAGUCUGGAGAUCGCCUCCCCUGAGGCUCCAGAUCUGACCCCCAAUGAUCUUCCCGGCAUCACCAGGGUGGCCGUGGGAAACCAGCCCCAUGAUAUCGGACUGCAGAUUAAGGCACUCAUUAAAAAGUACAUCCAGAGGCAGCAGACAAUCAACUUAGUGGUGGACCCCUGCAACGUGGACAUCGCCACCACGGAGGCACUGAGCAUGGCUCAGGAGGUGGACCCCGAUGGAGACAGGACCAUAGGAAUCCUGACCAAACCGGAUCUAGUGGACAAGGGCACUGAGAAAGGUGUCCUGAAAGUCAUGCAGGACCUCACAUACCCUCCCAAGAAAGGCUAUAUGACAGUGAAGUGCCGGGGUCAGCAGGAGGUCACGAACAAGCUGAGCUUGGCCGAAGCAACCAAGAAGGAAAUGAUGUUCUUUCAAACACAUCCGUACUUCAGGAACUUGCUGUUCCUGAACAGUUACGACGCCAUAUGUAAAGAAAAACAACAGUUUGAAAAUCGGUAUCGUGGUAGAGAGUUGCGAGGGUUUGUGAAUUAUAAGACGUUUGAGGCCAUCAUAAAAAAGCAGGUCAGAGUUCUGGAAGAGCCGGCUGUGGACAUGCUGCACACGGUGACUGGUAUAAUCCGGGCUGCCUUCACAGAUGUUUCAGAAAAAAACUUUAAUGAAUUUUUCAACCUCCACAGAACUGCCAAGUCCAAAAUUGAAGACAUUAGAUUAGAACAAGUAACGGAAGCUGAGAAAUCGAUCCGACUACACUUUCAAAUGGAGCAGAUCGUCUACUGCCAGGACCAGGUUUAUCGGCGUGCGUUACAGCAGGUCAGAAAGAAGGAGGCAGAAGAAGAAAAGAACAAACAGUCAAACUAUUAUUUCCAACCACAGACCCCCUCCUCAGACCCCUCCAUAGCAGAGAUCUUUCAACACCUGAUCACCUACCACCAGGAGGUCAGCGCCCGCAUCUCCAGCCACACCCCCUCGAUCAUCCAGUUCUUCGUGCUCUAGACGUUCGGCGGCCGGCUGCGGAAGGGCAUGCUGCAGCUGCUGCAGGACAAGGACAAGUACAGCGACAGGCUGCUGAAGGAGCACAGCGACACCACGCCAGAAAGAGAGUGGCUGUCUCACAAGCUGUCCACUCCCAGGCCCAGUGGGACAACCGCUUCCCCCACCGCACCCGCACCCCCAUCCCAGGGCCCUUCUGACACUCAGGACUCCGUGAUCCUCAAGGCUUUGGGACAAUAUGAGAAUUCAUGUAGGAGAAGGGAUGCUCUGGACACUUGGAGGCUGGCGCCCCCUCGUGGCUGGACAGAGUAA